AUGCGGCUGGGAUGGCAGAUAGGCCUUCUGUCGGCGAUCUUGCUGGUUGAGCUUGUUGGCCUGGGCUUCUUCAUCAAGGGCUUCUUCCCGUACAAAAAGAGCAUACCCGGCUUUGCCAGCCAACAUGAGCAGCCGCCAGACAUUGGACAGCAGCAGCAGCAGCAAGGCCACAAGGGACACGCCGCGCACCAGUACGAUAGACUAGUCAUCAUGCUGGUCGAUGCGCUGCGGAACGACUUUGUGUUCGGAAACAACUCGGCCAUGGCGUAUACGCAGGAUCUUCUGCGCGACGGGCAGGCGAUUGGGUUUACGGCCAAGGCGCUGGCGCCCACAGUCACCAUGCCGCGGAUAAAGGCGCUUAUGACGGGUACUGUGCCCAACUUCCUUGAUGCUGUACUUAACAUUGCUGAGUCUGACACCAGCUCGUCGCUAAAGUUUCAGGACAACCUGCUGUGGCAGCUGAAGAACCAGGGCAAGACCAUCAAUAUGUUUGGAGAUGAUACUUGGCUGCGCCUGUUCCCCGAUGUUUUCAGCCGGACCGACGGUACGUCAUCAUUCUUUGUCACGGACACAGUCGAAGUGGACAACAAUGUCACUCGCCAUGUGAGACCCGAUCUCGAACGCGACGAUUGGGACGUCACCAUAUUCCACUACCUGGGGCUCGAUCACAUUGGCCAUCUCGCUGGCCCCGACAGCUCGCUCAUGCGGCCAAAGCAACAGGAAAUGGACCAGGUGGUGCAGACAAUCUUUGAGACCAUCAGCCGGCAAGACACAGAGCGUAUGCGAUCCGACAGCAACGCCAAGCCCACCUUGUUUGUUCUUCUCGGCGACCACGCAAUGAACGAGAUUGGCAACCACGGCGGCAACUCGCACCUUGAGACAUCGACAGUCUUUGUGUUCAUGGGCCAGGGCAUCCGCGGGCAGCCGAUUGCUGACCAGGGUAAGAAUGCGCUGUCCGCGUUGCUAACAAAGGAGGUUUCGCAAAUCAACCUUGUGCCGACAUUGGCCCUUCUUUUUGGCGUUCCCGUGCCCAAGAACAACCUGGGCAUGCCGCUGCCCGAGCUCCUUGAGGGGUACCAGGAGGGCGAGCGGCUGCGCCUGUUGCAGCUGGCCGCGCAUCAGAUCUAUGGAGUUGUCCAGGCCAAUGACCCGGAUCUCGCUGAUGUCGAAGCGCAGACAGCUGACAACAAGGUGCCGCAAUGUGAUGAAGACAAUGAAUCGGUCAGUGAUUUUUUGCGAUGCAAGUACGUGCGCGCACUUGUUGCCCACCAUCGUUUUGCCCAAUCGAGCUCGAUACCUGGAUCGACUGAGACCAGCGCGCUGGCCGGUGUCACCGAAAGCGAGUAUUACAACUUUAUGGAGCACGCCAGCGCGCACCUGUCGCGCACAUUUAGUGGCUACGACCUGGAAGCCAUGAUGACCGGAAUCAGUGCAUUUGGCGUGGUCACUCUGGCGCUCGCUGUCCUGUAUCAGUGCUCGAGCGGUAUCAGUGGCAGCGGCGGCUCUGGGGUUGUCAACUUCAAGGCGAAAAGGCUCUCAGUGACCAUGCCGGCUGUGGUUCUCCUGAUCACAUAUAUUGUGUCUAUGGUGUCGAGCAGCCUGAUCGAGGAAGAGCAUCAGUUCUGGUACUUCUGGGUCCAGACGAUGCUAGCACUUCGAGUGCUGACCAGCUCAACGUUUGGUGCUGCUUUACGGUCACUUACACAGAUGGGCCUGUUUAGAGUCAUUCGCGUGUGGAAUCAGACGGGCCAAAAAUGGACUGGCGAAGCCGAUAUUCGUCAAUACCUCAACUCUGGGAAUGUCCAGCUGAUGUGGACGUUGGUCAUAUUGUCGUUUGUAUUAUUUGCUGUCUGCGCCCAGCGCAUCCACUCUUGCGCAGCAGAUUUGAGGGCGAAGGAGGGAACACAGACGGCGUCGCAGCCCGGAAAUGCCGCGAUUAUUAAAUACAGGUGGCGGCUGGCUCUGGGCCAACAGGCAUUCCGUAGUCUGUUGGCUGGCUCUCUGUUUAAUGCGCUCGUGUACCAGAUGGACCGCAACAGCGGAUGGGAGGUCCUUGGCAUUGUUCGGUCAGCAUGGAGCUUGGUGCGCUGGUUCACGCCAUCGGACUUGGCGGACGUGGCCCGCCUUAUAUACUUGCUUACGUUCCUCAUGGCUGCCGCGGGUGCUAUCUGCAUGUGGUUGCGGGCCAGAUCCGAUCACCCGGAUCCCUUGUCAGUGGCGACACUCGAGGGCCUGGUUGGCAUGCUUCCCUUGCUGACCCUGCUGGCUCGGCCGCACAAUAUCCCUCUGUUUGCCAUGUUUUUGGGCAUAUUUUUCCUCUUCUUCCCAGGCGCUCUGCUGCCCGCGCAGCCGCACAGUUGCAUCAAUCCCAAUGCCGUAUUACAGCCCAGGGGAGAGUUUGCAGCUGCUCGCUUGGGCGAAUGGCGCCUGCCUACACUGCGGCCGUCCAAGCAGCUAGUGCAGCUGUGUCUCAUCCACGCAUCUUUCUUUGCACUGGGCAAUUCAAACUCCCUGGCAUCGCUUGAUCUCAGCAAUGCCUACGCCGGCGUCUCGCGCUACAAUGAGAGCCUGGUUGGCAUUCUGAUGUUCACAGGCAACUGGGCGGGGCCCCUGUGGUGGACAAUGGCCGCAUUUUCGACCCUCGCCCUGUCAUCCACUGCGACUGGGUCAUUCGGUGGUCGCACUCAGAAGCUGGUCGACUGGCUAGUCGCCGCCCACCUGUGGCAAGCGUGCGCGAUUCUGACGCUCAGCAUCGUGGUGACCAUGAUGCGCACUCACUUGUUUAUCUGGUCUGUGUUUUCGCCACGGUAUCUGUACCAGAUCGCGUGGUUUGCGGGCUUUUAUCUUGUGUACGCAACUGUCGGCGGCAUGCUGUGGAUGACAUCGCUUGCGCAACUGUCACCUUGA